AUGAAAUAAUUUCUUCCACAUUCCAUCCUUGUGAAAAUGGCCUUCAGAAUGAGGUAUUGGAAAUCCAUGACGAAUGCCUCCGUCGCGAAUCGAUCAUUUGCUUCUUCUACUGCUCCAAGAUUUUCCAGUGCUGGUGGUUCUACUCAUGUCAAUCCUAAGAAGUUGUCAAUGACCAAUGGGGAUAUGGCACCAGUGUAUGUAUUGGGUGGAACAUUAUCAGUGGCAAUAGGACUAUGCAUCUUUACAAUGAAACAACAAUUGUUUCAUGGUCCUGGAGUUUUUGUUACUAAAAAAAAGAGAGAAAAUCUUGCUGAAGUUGAUUUCCCAGAUGCAACAGCUAUGUCUGGUAGCAAGUAUAUUAACAAGUCUGUGUUGAGGAAAUUUGGAAGAAUCCAAGAGCCUAUUGAUUCUCAAUAUGACAUUGAUCCUUACUCCAGUCCAAGAAAAAUUGAGUCCUUGAAAUCAGUUGGAGUUUGA